AUGGCCGAAAAGCAGGACGAAAACCAGCAUCAGGCUCCUCGGCCGCUCUCGCUCCGCAGAUUACUCCUCGACCAAGCGCGUGUCACUGACGACGUUCUUCAACAUCAAUAUGAAGGGUCAGGGACGACAGACGACCCUUAUAUUGUGAGCUACAUCCCGCAAGAUGCGGGUAAUCCCUUUACCUGGGACAUAUCUUUCAGAUGGUUUAUUACUGUAGUUGUGGCCAUUGAGUGCUUAGUUACUGCUUUUGCGUCGAGUGCUUAUAGUGGUGCCAUGCGAGAGCUUGAGGCUGAUCUACAUUCAAGCCCCGAGCUUUUAACCGCUGGUAUCUCACUGUUUGUCUUGGGUUUCGCGACCGGUCCUCUCAUUUGGGCGCCUCUGAGUGAGAUCUAUGGGCGGCAGAUCAUCUUUAUCCUAAGCUUUGGCGCCUUCACAGCCUUCAAUGCGGGCUGUGCCGGUGCGAAUGAUACUGCAACACUGCUUGUUCUACGGUUCUUUGCCGGUACUUUUGGCUCCUCCCCGUUAACAAAUGGUGGAGGAGUUCUCGCCGACAUCUUCCCUGCAUCCCAAAGAGGUCUGGCUAUGAAUCUGUUUGCUCUCGCGCCGUCCUUUGGACCUUGUGCGUCUCCAUGGAUUGCCGGGUUUCUCGGGGAAACAGAAGGUUGGCGAUGGGUGAUGGGUCUCCUUGCCAUAUUCAGUGGCGUCGUAUGGAUCGUUGCAUCGUUGCUCGUACCAGAAACAUAUGCACCGGUUAUAUUGCGAAGACGAGUUGCGGUAUUGAGAGAGAAGACCGGAAAGGAGUACAUCCUGCAAGCCGACAAGGAAAAAGGACCCCCUUCUCUGAAAACGGCCCUAACCACUGCCCUGGUGAGACCUUGGAUCCUUCUUUUCCUGGAACCCAUUGUUCUGUUGUUGUCAAUAUAUAUGGCCAUUAUCUAUGGGACCCUUUAUCUCCUUUUCGGUGCUUACCCCAUUGUUUUUCAAGAGGUUCGCGGCUGGUCGGAAGGCAUCGGCGGCCUCCCUUUCCUGGGUGUCGCAGGUGGCAUGAUUCUUGGGAUAUCUUUCGGGGCUUACUCAAACAGGUGGUAUACUGCAGCGGCCGAAAGAAACGGUGGAGUCGCACCUCCCGAAGCUCGCCUGCAGCCUACCUUGUAUGGCUCUUUUGCAGUCCCCCUAGGAAUGUUUUGGUUUGCCUGGACAAAUUACCCUUCCAUCCAUUGGAUCUCGCCAGUCCUUGCCGGAGCACCGUUUGGGUUUGGUAUGAUGCUUUGCUUUUUGGGCAUCAUGAACUACCUUGUCGAUGCUUACACCAUCUUUGCUGCUUCGGCACUUGCAGCCAAUACCGUCUUGAGAUCACUAUUCGGUGCUGCUUUUCCUCUUUUCACCAGUUAUAUGAUGCACAAUCUGGGUACGCAUUGGGGUUCGUCGAUCCCGGGCUUUCUCGCCCUCGCAUGCGUGCCUUUUCCAUUCAUUUUCUACAAAUACGGGCAUCGAAUCCGAGCAAGAUGUACCUAUGCGGCACAAGCAGAAGCUGUGAUGAACGAACUGCGUGCCAAAGCCAAACAAGCCUCUGAAGCUCAACGAGCCGAGCAGGAAGAGAAAGAACUCAGGGUAUCGGCCGCUAAUUCAGUGACAAGUAGUUCAGAGACUGCAGGUCAUGAUGGUCGAGCUUUCGAACCGUUGAAGAUCACCAGAUCGAGACAAACAGACACUGCGACAAGAGAAAGCUUUACCCGCAUCCGAUCGAGAGCAGAAUCUGUUGCCGAAGCAGCCAAUUAUGACACCAACCCCUACGAUAUCGAUCGUGUCUAUACAUCAAACUCCUUGGCCGGUGUGGAUCUCCACAGAACAAGAACGCAGCCAUCAACUGAGGAUUGA